AGGAGGGCGCCUGGGCCGCAGGCGGGCCGCCCGCCGCCGCGCUCGGCGCGGCGCCGUGGGCCGAUGCCGGCGCGGCGGCGCAGGCCGAGCCAGGAGGGCAGCGCUCUCCGACGGCCUGUCAGCCGUCGCGCGAGCCUGGCGGUGAGGGCCCGAAGGCCCGCAUCGUCCGCUGCUCCGCUGGCGCGGUCGGCUGUCUCGGGGCCCCGACGCCUACCCGCGCAUCAGCAGGCGGCGCAGAGGUGGCGGCCGGGGCUCAGGCCCUCAGCGCCUGCAAGCCCAGGCUGGCAAUGCGGUCGCCGCCCCCUCACAGCCGAUGCCCAGGUCAGCACGGGUCAAUGUACGCCUCGAUCCAGCCGGACACCCUGCCGGGCGCCGCGGCGCUGCCUGGGCCACCGAGGCGGCCAGUGCGCACGAAUUCGCGAGCAAGACUGUCCUGGUGGCCACUUGCUUCACGUGCCAGAACAAUGCAGGCGGAGCGGACCGAGGAGCGGGGCUACAUUCAGCCUGCGGCAAGUGAGUACGGAAGCUUCUAGCGGCUGUGCGAGAGCAGCAGAGCUACUGCCCGACUGUGCCAGCGUAGUCGCCCGACCAA